GUCAGACAGGUAAAGUAAAGUAAUGACAAGUAUCAGGAAGAACGAUCCGUCGCAUGACAUGACAAGAAACGGACCAGAAGAGCAUUUUUAGCUUUUCAACAUGAGCAGGCCUUACAAUCAAGGGUUUGGAGGUGCUACAGAAGUAAAUGAAAGGAGGAUUGUUCUGGUCGGGAAGACCGGAGUGGGAAAGAGCGCUGUAGGAAACACCAUCCUGGGGAGAGAAGCGUUUGAGUCUGAGCUGUCUCCGUCUUCCAUGACGUCUGAAUGUCAGAAGGCUAAGGGGGAUGUCGGUGGUCGAAAGGUCGCCGUGAUUGACACUCCGGGGCUGUUUGACACUAAUUUCACCCAAGAAGAAGUGUUGAAGAGGAUCAAGAUGUGCAUCUCUCUGUCUGCUCCUGGUCCUCACGCCUUCCUGGUGGUUCUCAAGCUGGGCAGGUUCACCCAGGAGGAGAAGGAAACCGUCCAGAUGAUUCAGACCACUUUUGGUGAAGAUGCAGCUAAAUACACCAUGGUGGUGUUCACACAUGGAGACCAGCUAAGGAGGCAAAGCAUCGAGGGCUAUAUUUCAGAGAGUUCUGACCUGCGAGCCAUCAUUCAGAAGUGCUCCAAUCGAUACCAUGUCCUUAACAACGAAAUCAAAGACAUUAUACAAACCAGUAAGCUUCUGGACAAAAUUGACCAGAUGUCUGUGGCCAACGGGGGAAGCUACUACACCAAUGAAAUGUUCAGUAGAGCAGAGGCAGCCAUAGAAAAGGAGAAAAGGCGACUCCUGGCGGAGUUGGAAGCACAGAGGCAGAAAGAGCUGGAUGAACUGAGAGCCAAAUAUGCGGAGGAGGCCUACCGUAAGGAGGAGAUCCAGGUGAAUAGAAGAUACAUGCAUGAAGCCAGAGCUCAAGCUGAAAGAUCCAAUGACUUUAUCACUGGUCCGGUAAUAGUUAUAACAACAGGCUGUGGUGCUGCUGUAGGAGGUCUGCUUGGAGUUGUUGGAGGUCCAAUUGGUAUAGCAGUAGGAGUCGCAGCUGGAGCAGCUGUUGGAGCCGCCAUUGGUGCCAUAUCAGUGAAAGUUUCAGAGCGUUGCCAUGUGCAAUAAGGACUGUAGCUCACACAGUUAAAUAUUGAUGUUUAUACAUGAUUAUUUUCUAGGAUAAAGCUAGUCCCCUAGUCUUGUGUAAUCUUGUUGUACACAUAACUUGCAUUAAAGAUGCCUCUCGUAAUCACGUUUUGUUGAUAACUGAAAUAUUUUGUACCUGAAAUAAAAGUUAAUUGACUUGUAUUAUGCCACACCUUGAACAGAAUCUUGUCUGUAGGCUAUUAUAUUUCAGUAACAAUUAAAAUUAUUAAUGUACUCACCAUGAUGUAUUGUGUCUGAAUGACGU